AUGGAGGGAAGCGGCGGCUGCAGGAUCGAGCGGGACGCGGGGCAGAGGCCGUCCGCCUUCGACCUGCCCAAGGUAGAACUUCAUGUCCACCUGGAUGGAGCCAUUAAGCCAGAAACAAUCUUAUACUUUGGCAAACGGGAGUGUCCAUACUUCACCCACCUGAAGGAACUGUGCUUGCAACUUGGCAGGAGCCAGGGCUGCCCUACACUUGGAUUACAGGAUGGAGAAAGGGAUUUCAACAUCAAAGCCAGGUCUAUUCUAUGCUGCAUGCGCCAUAUGCCAAGCUGGUCGUUGGAGGUGGUGGAGCUGUGUAAGAAAUACCAGAACAAUACGGUGGUAGCCAUAGACCUGGCUGGGGAUGAGUUGUUGGUGGCUGAGACCUUCCCAGAGCAUAGGAAGGCUUAUGAGGAAGCUGAAAGAUGUGGCAUUCAUCGCACUUGCCAUGCUGGGGAGGUUGGGUCACCGUCUGUCAUCAAGGAGGCAAUCAAUGUUCUGAAGACAGAACGGAUCGGCCACAGCUACCAUGUCCUGGAAGACCCAGCCCUUUAUAGGGAGCUGUUGAGUAGGAAGAUGCAUUUUGAGACAUGUCUUUUGUGCAGUGUCCUCACCGGAGCAUGUGAUCCAGACUUUAGGAAACACCCAGUAAUUCAGUUUAUGAAUGAUAAAGCCAAUUACUCCCUGAACUCUGAUGGCCCGCUCAUUUUGAACUCUACAAUUGAGACUGAUUACAAAAUAGCAAAGCAGUUCUUGGGCUUCACUGAAGAGGAGUUCAAGAGAGUGAACAUCAAUGCAGCUAAGUCCAGCUUCCUGCCUAAGAAAGAAAAGAAGGAGCUUCUCAGUAAGCUGUAUGAAGCCUAUGGGAUGGUCCCGAACAACCCAUCCUAAUCCUGCUUCUCCCAGCCGGCAAGGUGCAUUCACCUCUCCCCAUGUGUGCUCGACUCCUCUUUGUUUUAGUGGGAGCAUAGGAGGAGGAGAUGCCAUGGCACCAGCGCAUAAUACUGGUAUUAUUAUGCUGAGCUUUACAGUCCGAGGCAUACACUAUAAAGCAGUAUUUCCAUGGUUCCUACCAUAUAUACCUACCUACAACACCCACGUACUAAAUAGAUAUCUGAUUUCCUAUAUUUCUGACUCUCAAAUGUACAGGUGGAGUUUUCUGGUCUGAUUCCAUUGUGGCUUAUGCCAGUUUUACAUCCUGGUGUAAAUGAGAGCAAAAUAAGGCCCUGUUUCUUUGUGGUGGUGGUAACAACAUUUUGAUGUGACUUUUUGGUGCUCUAGUUCCAUUGCUGAUCUACCUUAGUCCCUCUCUGCACUACAAAAGUAAUCAUGUUGAGCAGCAGCUGUGGUCAAACCAUGGUAGAAGACAGGUUUUUUCCCCCCACCUUGCUUGUGUGCGUCGAACUGGGUGAAAUUAUUUCAGCAAAUAGUUUAUUUGCUGAAAAAUGCAGCUUUAGUCUACUGAUCAGACCUGACUGGACCAGGACCCAAGCUGAGCACAGCUGACUCGAGAGUGUCAAGUCUUUUUUGGAACAGACCUCCUGAACCAGUCCCCAUCUGCAUCAUCACCGCCAUCACCUUGUCCUUAGGGCUCAGCCUGGUAGGCGUUGGCCACUCCCGACUCCUCCUCUCUGGUCACCUCCUGCCCAUGGUGAUGCCUGCAUGUCCCCCUGCCAGCUGCCCCCACCUCGCUGCGCUGAGUGUGCUGCGAAGUGGGAGGUAUUGCAACUUGUCAGCACGCCCAACCCAGAGGGUCAGGUUUUUUCAGAUCUGACCCUGACAGACCUACUCUUCUUCCUUAUGAGGAAGAAAGAAUUGAACGUGGGUCUCACACAUUGCAGGAGACCACCCUACCCAUUGGGCUAUGGGAUAUCCUGGUGUGGGGCUUUCUCCCUCUCCCCUGUGAAAGCUGUUCUACUGUAUGUAAAUAAUUAAAUAGUCAUUAGAGCUGGGACUUCAACUUGGGCCUCCCACAUGCUAGGUGAGUGCCCUAACCACCAGGCUACCAAGUCAUUUUCACUUUCUUCCCAGCCCAGUGACUCUUCAUUGUCAUGCGAAGUGGCAGUUCAUAGUCCUUCAUGGAGACAUUGAAAGUAAGUGAGAAUGACUCUAUAUCCUGAUGGGUAGGGCACUUUGCUGCAGUGCAGGGAGACCUAUUCAAAUCCCUUUUCCACAUCUGACAGAGGGGGAACUGAGCUCAGGUCUCCCACCACUGGGCUAAAGGUUAGAAGUGAGGUGGUCAUCCCCUCCCCCCAACCCCCCCCUGCAUUUCAUGAUUUCUUCUUUGCUUUUGACAAAUGCCCCAAAUUGAAAAAGGUCAUGUUGGAAUGAAACCUUUUGCUUCAACUUGACUUUUCAACUUUUUGAGUCACCAAUUUUUUUUUUUUAAAUACUUGUUUUCAAUUCAACCCAAAAUGAAUUUUUUUUAAUUGUCUCAGAAUGGCCAGUGAACCGAAAAAUCCAUUAUUCACCCAGUUGUAGUGUGCAUGUUAUAAUCAUACGAGAGAACCCUCUUCUGACACUGGUAGAUACCUAAAUAAAUAGUUUAUUCACCAUUUAUUCUUGUUUGUAUGGAUAGAAAAGACAGUGUUAAAACACAGUUUGGCCAUAACGGUAUGUAAACAAGGUUUAUUUUGUAUUGUAAAUGGGGACUAAGAAAAUGGAAAAUGCAGCAGUGGUUGCACUUAGGCUUUUUGGUUGCAGAAAUACAGUAACUUUUUUUUUUUAAUUUAGCAAUUAUUUUGUACUUCUUUUUAUUUAUUUUAAAAAAAAAUCUGUGUCGCAAGACCUUAAAUCUCCAAAAUGUCACUGCAGAUGAGAGCAUAUAGCUUGGCUUCAGGACACCAGAGGGUAUGUUUGGGGAGUCCAGAGGCCUCCAGAGGUUUGCUGCAUGUACAUAUAAAGUUAGUGCACAUGUUUACAAUUUCAGGACAAAAUUCUCCUCUCAGAUUCUCCACUCCAGCAUUCUGCACUUCACAUGUGAGUCAGACUCCCAGGGGCUGAAUUUUGCUGUCACUCUGUUCUAUUUUUGUUUUGUUUUGGGGUUUUUUUUUAGAUUCUUAAAAAUGUGGUUAACGUCUAUGUUCAUUCUUUCUGCCCUCUUUCUGACAUAAGGUAACCUUCAGGCACUAUUAGUAGAACUAAGUGAAUAAACUAAUGAGCAUACUGUAUAUAGUUAAAUGUCCCAGCUGCCACAAGUGUUUCAGAAGGUACUUAGCAGAAUUCUUGCUGGAAGUCCUGUCUUUAGUAUGUUUGAGAAUUUACAAAGAAAAUAUUAACAUAAUUCCAAAGCCAUUUUGCUGCAUUAUGACACUGUUCUCCUUUUUAUGCAAAGAAAUGAUUGCAUGUUUGGUUGACUGUAGGUUUCAGAUACUUUUACCUCCGAAGAGUUUGUAAACAGGGCUGAGGAAACUGGGGGGGCAGGGAGUGGGGAGAGCUCCAGUAUCACAAGUGGCUGCAAAGACCUGGACCCCAAAGCAACCAACACCAAAAAGUUGCCUUUGAUUAAGGGCUGCGUUCACCAUUCUCCUAGACAUUGGAAGACGGCUGGGAUUUACUGCUCUGAUUUCAGACAUCAGCAAGCCAGUGAUGGGCUGCUAUAUUGAUUUUUAUAAAUGAAUACAAAAUGCUCUUCUCUUAAAUACAUUGUGAGUAUAUACACAAAUAUAUAAAUGAAUUAUUUUUUUAAAGCCAAUGAUAAAUUGUCAGUGUUAAGAAUGAUUCUAACAUUGCCACCCACAAUCUUUUUUUGUUUGGAAAUCUCUCUUCAGAAAUAGCUUGUGAGAAACACCUGUUUGCAUUCUGGAAACUCUAAGUGAAAUGUUGUUCUGGUUUAAUAAAAUAACUUUAUAUUUAAAAAAAUAAUUUUAUUUCUAAUUUCUGCUUAAAGAGCUAAAGGGAAAGUGUCAAAUUCUGCACCAUAGUUCUAGACAAAUGUGACCCACAUUGUUAGAACCUGGGGGAUAAUGGGCUCUGCGAUUAUAUUUAUAUAUAAAAUAGCAUGUCAUCAAAAUAUUAAAGAUAAAACAUCUACCUACUGACCACCAUCACUAGCUGCUGUUUUGACAGGACCUACAAAAAAGUAACCUGUUGUGAAUUCUUCCUUACUGUAGUUCUAUGGGUAACUUUUUUGAAAUUUCCUCUCACCUCCAUAUCCCUAGGGCAUCUGCAGCAAUCACAAACAGUGGUGGAAUCUAUGCAGUUAUCCUGAGUGCCACAAGACGGGCUCUGGUUGCUUGAAGGGAGUCCCAAAAUUCGAGGUGGGAUGGAUGGAAGCAGAGGUCAGGAUGAACCUAUUCUCCCAUUUAGCAGAAGUGUAAAUUGGGACUAGCGUCACUGAAAUCACAGGAGUUGCACCAUUAUAGAAUGGAUGCAUCUUGGAUCAGAAUCAGGCCCUGGGUGUAGACAUGGCAGAUGUCAUUCAGUAACUUUUAGGCCUGACUUUUUUUUUUUUUUCCUCAUAAUGGUACAAAUCAGGAGUAACUCCCUUGAAGUCAGUGGAGUUACACUGGUGUGGGAGGAGACUCCUGUUUGAAGUGCAAACGCGUCUCUUGUUCAGACAUUGCAGGUUCACAACUUCCUCAGCGCUGUCGAUAUGAGCUGUUCCAAUUUCACACAUCGUUUCCCCCAUUAUGCUCAAAGAAAGAGACAUGUCACUGCCAGAAGUGACAGUGUUAUUACUGGGCACUGGGCUGUGAUUUUUCUGGCAUGCAGUCCAAAAACAAUGUUUUGUUUGGUGUUUUUUCCCUUCUGAGCUGUGCAGAAUUAAUCAGAGCUGUGAGGGAAAGCUGAACUUGGAACUGUUCCCUCUGCAGCCAGUUAGAUCCUAGUGUCAGCUCACUUUUGGAGGCCUGCUUUUGCAAGGGUCUUCCACCACUAUGUGUCCGUGAUCAGAGUUUCACUUGCACUUCCCAUUGAAGUCAGUGGGAGCUCUGUGGGCCCAGCAUCUCUGAAAGCCAGGCUGUUACUGAAUAAUAUGAUGUGCUUGUUCUUUCAGCAUAAUUGGUGAUGGCAGCU